AUGCAUGAUGAUGGAAAUGCAGUCAUCGUCAAAUUGCCCUUGAGGAGGGUCUUCAUCUUCAGUGGAGAGUUCCACUACGAGCGGCUACCAGUACCUGAGCUCUGGCGCGAUGUGCUGGAGAAGUACAAAGCAAAUGGCUUGAACGCCGUAUCUGUGUACUUCUUCUGGAGCUACCACAGUGCUCGACAAGGCGAGUUCGACUUUACUUCUCCUGGAAAGGUCCUGGAAAGGUCCUGGAAAGGUCCUGGAAAGGAUAUCCAGAGGCUUCUCGACAUUGCGAAGGAGGUCGGACUCUAUGUGAUCGCCAGGCCAGGACCUUACUGCAAUGCCGAGACCGAUGGAGGGGCUCUCGCCGUGUGGGGCUCCGAUGGUAGUCUGGGGUCUAUCCGAACGUCCGAUGAAACGUAUCACCAGGCGUGGCUCCCCUGGAUGAAUGCCGUUAACGAGAUUCUGUCAAAGAAUCAGAUUGAUGACGGUGGGCCAAUCAUUCUGUAUCAGAUCGAGAAUGAGCUGCAGGAGACUAGACACGAAGCCAACGACACCCUCAUUUUGUACAUGGAACAGAUCGAAGAGGCUACACGAGAGGCAGGAAUUAUUGUUCCCUUCACGUCAAAUGGAAAAGGCAUGCGAUCUCAGAGCUGGUCCACAGAUUACCAGGACGUCGGCGGUGCGGUUGAUAUCGAUGGCCUAGACAGCUACCCGGGUGGCCUAAGCUGCACCAACAUCAACAGCGGCUUCAACCUUCCAGAGAGCAUGCCUGAGUUCGAGGCUGGCCGGUUCUCCGCGUGGGCCGGUGACUUCUACGAUCAGUGCCUAGCAGAGCACGAUCCUGCAUUCGCGGAUAUCGACUACAAGAACAACAUUGGCCAACGUGUGACUCUACAGAACCUCUACAUGGCAAACAACAUCACAUCGCAUCUCGGAAACCUUGCAGCACCGGUAGUGUACACAAGCUACGACUACUCUGCCCCGCUUCGAGAGACGAGAGAGGUGCAACUCAAGUUCAAGCAGACCAAGUUGAUAGGUCUGUUCACCCGAGUGUCCCAGGACCUCCGUAAGACCAUCAUGGUGAGCAAUGGCACGAAGAAUGCUGCCUCCUCCGCAGACGUCUUCUCGUGGGUAUUGAGGCACCCCGAGAACCAAGCUGGGUUCUAUACUUUCCAGCACAAUACCUCCUCGUCGAGAGCGGUCACUACCUUCGAAGCCUAUCUGGAUACCUCACUUGGUAGCGUUACGGUGCCCAACCUGCAGCUCAAUGGCCGGCAAAGCAAGAUUGUAACCACAGACUACCACUUUGCCAACCACACCUUACUUUACUCGAGCGCCGACAUUCUCGCCUGGGGCACUUUUGGUGGGUCUGAGGUACUGGUCAUGUAUGCCGACGUUGGACAGACUAGCGAAUUUGCCUGGAAGACAUCUGGAGGCAACGCGACAUUUCGGACGUAUGGUACAGCAAAACUUAGCCCGCAGCGAAGGACAACGGCCACGAACUCUUCAACGCUCACCAGCUAUGCGUAUACGCAGACUGCUGGGUCUACAGUCGUCGUCUUCGACAAUGGAGUUACUGUGUACUUGCUGGACACCGAGACUGCUAAGAACUUCUUUGCCCCGCCGCUGUCUUCUGAUCCUAUCGUGUCACCUGAGCAACAGGUGUUUGUACUCGGGCCGUACAAUGUCCGCAGUGCUUCGCUAGAUGGUGGCACAAUCAACUUGACUGGCGACAACGCCAAUGCUACAGCGCUCGAAGUGUUCGUAGGAACAGAAGCCGCUUCGGUCACCUGGAAUGGCAAACCAGUGGACACUGAACGUACAGCCUAUGGUGCCUUGCGAGCUACCUUACCAGGAGCAGAAGACCGCACGAUCAGCCUUCCUGAAUUGUCAUGGCGGACUGCCGACUCGUUACCCGAACUACGACGUGACUACGACGACUCACGUUGGACUGUCUGUAACCACACAACCACAAAGUGUCCAGUAGCACCUCUGACAUUACCUGUUCUGUUCUCCUCUGACUACGGAUACUAUGCUGGUAUCAAGAUUUACAGAGGCUAA